AUGCGCGGCCGUACGAUUGAGCACAAUGGAGGUGCAGGAGGCUAUGCGCUUGGCAACACUCUGGGAUCCGAGACGGUGAGCCUGGGCGUCAACCAUUUUCCAAGCCACUCCCACGGCGUUGGCCUCGACAGCCCCCUGCCUCCGACCUUUACUGCGGGCCAGAGCCCUGCGAAUAUUGACACCACACUCCCGCCGGGCCAACAAGCGGUCGUCGUACCGUACGAUGACAAUGGCCCGGGGGUCAGUUCCAACGGGCAAUUGUAUCGCACAGCGCUUGGGUCGGUCGCCGGGGGCUCGCAACCUCAUGGGAACUUGCAACCGUACCUCGUGAUCCAAUGUGCCAUCGCCACGACCGGAUUCAUUUAA